AUGGAUGGAAAAUCGUUCUCAUCACGCAUUAGCGACCUGGUCAAAUUUCUAUCAUCAGUACAAGGCGACCUGUCCAAUGUCACCGCCCCUCCCUCGUUUCUGGCGCCGUCAUCCGUCGUCGAGGUCGGCCACUGCUGGUGCCAGCGGCCCGGGGUCUUUGUCGCCCCGGCGCUGGAGCCCGAUCCGGAGAAGCGCAGCCUAAAGGUGCUGCGCAUGAUCCUAAUCGCCAUGCGCAGCCAGUUCUACGUCGCCGGCGCGCCCAGCGUCAGCAUCAAGAAGCCCCUCAACGCCUUCCUGGGCGAGCUGUUCCUCGCCUCAUGGACGGACCAGGACCGCAAGGCCAGGACGGAGCUCGUCGCCGAGCAGGUCAGCCACCACCCGCCCAUCACGGCGAUGCACAUGGGCAGCAAGGAGCACGGUAUCCGCGCCGACGGCUACGCCCGCGUCGAGAUGACCUUUUCUAGCAGCGUCAACAUCCGCCAGGUCGGUCACGCCAUCAUUCACAUCGACCGCUACGACGAGGACUACCUCAUCCCCUUGCCCGAGGUCAAGGUCCGCGGCUUCCUGAAUGCUUGCUUGUACCCCGAGGUCCUGGGGACGUACUACAUCGUCUCCAACACGGGGUACGUCUCCGAGAUGAAGUUCUCUGGGAGCGGCGUCUUCCGGGGAAAGAAGAACUCGUUCGAGGCGCGCAUGUACCACAAGAACGACAAGAAGAACACAAUCUACGAGCUGCAAGGGUGCUGGAGCGAGGGCUGGACGAUCAAGGACGGCAGGACGGGCGAGAUCAUCGAGAAAUACGAGGUCGACGCGCUCGAGAACCUCCCCGCGCCCAUGGAGAUCGAACCGGUCCAGAACCAGGACCCGUGGGAGUCGAGGCGGGCGUGGAACGGGGUGAUCGAGGGGCUGAGCAGGAACGACUUCCGGCAGACGGUGAACGCCAAGAGCCAGGUGGAAGAGGCGCAACGGCGCAUGAGAGCCGAGGAAAAGAAGAAGGGCGAGAGCUGGGAACCGUUGUUUUUCAAGAGCAUCCCGGGAGAGGAGCACGACGUCUUCCACCGGUUGGCUAAAUCCGUUGAUUGGCAGUUGCACGACAAGCAUACUAAGGGCGUUUGGAAGAUCGACGAAGCGAAGAGGGAUUCGGUCCAGAGGCCGUUCAGGGGAGAUUUAACUCCAUUGGGCUAG